AUGGUGCAGGAACAAAACCUGCUCAUGCUGCCCAUCAAUGUAGAGUACAGUGACGUCAGCCAUUUGUCCUGCUCCUCUCGAUGUACGACCUCCAACAAAACUUGCUACUCCUACAUCUACGACGGUCCUACACGACACUGUAGCCUAGGUUCCUGGCUUGUCCUCAAAACACCAUCAGAUCCGGUUGUCCAAGGAAAGAUCUACUCUACUGGCAAGUUCUGUAACACAACCAGCGACAUAUCGUUUAUAUAUAAUGGCAGAAUGUCCUCGACAGAAUUGUUCUUUUGUUCAGUGCACGAGUCUUGUAAAGAUGUCGAGAGCCCCGAGUCUAGACCUGUCGCUAUGGUCACACGUGGAUGUCUGGUCAUGUGUGACACUGUGACAGACGGUGGAGGAUGGACCAUUUUCCAAAGACGUGUUUCUGGAACUGUCGACUUUUACCGGAACUGGGCAGAGUACAAGAACGGUUUUGGGAAUUUUAGUUCGGGUAAUUUUUACCUGGGUAACGAAAACAUUUAUUUGAUUACGUCAAAGAGACAACACGAGCUUCGAGUGGAUUUGACAAUGAAUGGCGUUAAUUAUUUCGCCAAAUACUCCAACUUCAGCAUCACUAGUGAAGCUGACGGCUACAGGCUGCAGGUGUCCGGGUACUCCGGCACGGCGGGUGAUGGUCUUGUCUACCACAACCUGAUGAAGUUCAGCACGUACGACCAGGACAACGACGUAUUCAGUGUUAACUGUGCCUCUGUUUUCAACGGCGCCUGGUGGUACAAGAGUUGCUAUAAUAGCAACCUGAACGGAGAGUGGGGCUCGACAAGCUACACAGGUGUCUUCUGGAAACCUAAUAAUGCCUUAAUUAUCAAUGCUACAUUCGCGGAGAUGAAAUUUAGAUUUCUUUAA